AUGCGCCCCAUUGAGGCGCUGCCUUGGGGGCUCUUCGUGUUCUGGGGCGCCCUGCUGGGCCGGCAGGUGCGGGGCCUCCGCCACAGCGUCCACUGGAACGGCAGCAACCCCAGGUUCUUCGAUUCAGAUGGAGGCUACGCCAUUCAGGUGUCCAUCAACGACUAUCUGGACAUUUACUGUCCCCAUUAUGAACGGCCGCUGGCCACCGGAAAGCCGGAAUCCUUCACUCUGCUUAUGGUCAAUGCCGAAGGUUAUCAAGGCUGCUAUGAAACUCCAGGAGCUUUUAAACGGUGGGAAUGCAACCGUCCUUAUGCCGCCUACGGGCCGGUCCGAUUCUCGGAGAAAAUUCAGAGAUUUACCCCUUUCUCGCUAGGCAUCGAGUUCCAGAGCGGCCGUGAAUAUUACUACAUAUCAAUUCCUGCACCGGAGAGUCCUGGCCAGUGUUUGAAGCUACGCGUUUUGGUCUGCUGCAAAGCCACCGCCAACCUUGCGACGGAGGCACCCAAGUCCCAGCCUCGAGGGAGAGGCGGCCCAGAGAAAGCAGUUGUCAUUCGUGGACGUGGUCCUGCCCCGAUCCAGCUGGGCGUCGCCUGCUUGGGUCUCCUGGUGGUGCCCUUUCUCUGGCUCUGA